AUGAUGAGAUCAGUAGUUCCUUUAAGAUUUCUACGUCCUGCAUUUAGAGCUACAGUUCCAUUUUCUACCUCGUCUAGACGCAAUCAUGCUCAAGGAAAUCUCGAGAAACGGAAGCUAAAUAUUCCAAUUGAUUUUGCAGCAUCUUCUUAUCUUGCACUCAAUUCGAAAGCUGCUUUCUCCAAUCCCGAGCUUCCAUCUACACUAAGCACAACUUCUAAAACGAAGCGUAUGAACCUAUUCCAAGCAGUAAACGAUGCUCUUGCAACUAUCCUAGAAACCGAUGAGAAAGCCUGUAUAUUUGGUGAGGACGUAGCUUUCGGCGGUGUAUUCCGAUGCACCAUGGGUCUCUCCGAGCGUUUUGGCGGCGAGAGAGUCUUCAACACACCUCUGACCGAGCAAGGAAUUAUCGGUUUUGCUGUUGGCAUGGCCACACAAGGUCAUACUGCUCUUCCAGAAAUCCAAUUUGCCGAUUACCUGUUCCCCAGUUUCGACCAGCUACACAACGAAGCUUCUAAGCUCCGGUACCGCAGCGGUGGAGCGGAAUCUUUCAAUAGCGGUCAUUUUGUGGUUCGCAUGCCUACAGGUGCAGUUGGGCAUGGUGCACUUUAUCAUUCUCAGUCUCCAGAGGGAUUUUUCAUGGGAACACAAGGUCUUAAAGUAGUUAUCCCACGUGGCCCGAUACAAGCCAAGGGACUCCUAAUAGCAGCUGCUCGUGGUCCUGAUCCAGUUGUUUUUAUGGAGCCGAAGAUCCUCUACCGUGCCGCAGUCGAAGAGGUGCCAGUUGGAGAAUACGAGCUUCCAAUCGGCAAGGCCGAGAUUGUCCAGAUGGGCGAUCAGAUUACACUCAUUUCAUGGGGAACUAUGAUGUAUGUGUGUGAACUUGCCGCAAAAGCUGCGAAGGAAAGGUUGGGUGUCAGCGUAGAGGUCAUCGAUCUAAGGACCAUCAGGCCUUGGGACAAGCAGACUAUCAAGGAGAGUGUUGAUAAGACGGGCAGGUGCAUUGUUGUUCAUGAGGCGAGUAGAACUGGGGGUGUAGGGGAGAGUAUAGCAUCAGAGGUACAGGAGAGAAGUUUCUUGAGGCUAGAGGCUCCAGUUCAAAGAGUCACUGGGUGGGAUGUGCACAUGCCACUAGUUUUCGAGAAUUUCAUGGUUCCUGAUGUCGCAAGGGUUUUCGACAGUAUCAAGAAGACGAUGGAGUAUUAG